CCACCUUUCAAUGGCUUAACCUGCAUUUUAUCAUUUAAUACUGAUGAAAAUGAUGCAUCAAAUAAAACCUGCAGGUACUCAAACAGCGGCGUCUGGCUAUUAAACAACACUCAAAAUACAAGUUUGCAAAUUAACAUCACCAGAAACGAAACAGUCAGACCCACAGCACCCAUCUGCUUUGUGAACAGAAAUCACACCUGCAAAUGGACAAUAGACACAGCAACAAACUGCUCUCAGUCUAGUGGAAACGGUUCCUGCAACCAUGGGGAUGUGAUCUGUGUGGAUCCUAAAAUGAUCUGUAAAGAAGCAAAGUAUAUUUCGAACUGCAGUAGAAAUGAUUCAAAUGAUGACAUCAUCAUGUUAAAUGGAUCAUCACCAGUGUGCUACAAGUGUGGGAACGCUUUUAAGGCAACAGAAGGACAGGUUAAGGUUAAUAUAACGUUUCCUGGUUCAACCUCCCACACCACAGAUAGCUAUCAUGACGUGAUGAAGAACCUAACUAACAUGGUUUUGCAAGCGAUGGGGAAUAAAACCUCAGUGUCUGUGUCCACGGACGACAUUACCGGAAUUUUUGUGAAACAAGAGAAAAAGCAAGACUUAAGCCCCGCCUACUUUAUGUACUCCCUUCAAUCUAACUUUAAUAUGAUCGAGGAUGAAACCCAGCUGCCGACGUUUGACAGGACGUUCUCGGUACCGAAGGAGGCUUUUGAAAAAGCGUCCAGUUUAAACGCCAGCACACUUUUUGCAUCGCUGUUUCGUUUUCCCAGUUUUCCGCAGGACAAAGAAAACAGCACGCUGCUAAAUAAUGAGGUUUACUCCAUCGACAUGGGAGAAGUUAUAGCCAAUCUUACCAACACCUUUAAUCUAACCUUCAGGAACGUCAACCCGAACGACGGCAUGCCUUUGUGUUCCUCUUGGGAUGGACAAGGGGCUGCGCCGAACUGGACGACUGAUGGAUGCAACACUUCCUACGUCAACGGCACUGUGACCUGCUCGUGCCAGCACUUAACCUUCUUCGCUGUGUUAAUGUCUAUUCCACCAAAGAGCAUCUCAACCUCUGACUUCAAUAAUCUCACCUACAUCACCUCCAUUGGGUGUGGUCUGUCCCUCUUCUUCAUCACCAUAGCUCUCUUCAUGCACUUCCUGUUAAGGAGAGGCCGAGCCAGCAUUUCAGUGCACAUCCUCAUCAACCUGUUCCUGGCCCUGUUCCUGCUCAACCUCAGCUUCCUCAGUAACGAGUCUGUGGCUAACUCGGAGAACGUCGCCGGCUGUAAGUUAAUGGCGGGAGUGAUGCACUACUCCAUGCUCUCCACCUUCACCUGGUUCGGCCUGCAGGCGCUGCAUCUCUGUUUACAGCUCACACAAAGCGUGGCCACCAUCCAGCACUACGUCACCAAAUUAUCCAUCGCCGGCUGGGUGCCCCCUGCCCUCGUAGUGACGGUCAUUUUCAUUAGUCAGAAAUAUGACAAGCAGAUCAUCGUCUCCGAUACAGGAAAAAACGCAUCAAUGUGCUGGAUCACUGACCCAACCGUGCACUAUGUAGUGAACAUCGGCUACUACUGCAUCAUCUUCCUCUUCACCCUCCUCACCUUCGUGGUGAUGCUGCGCUGGCUCUGGCUGCUCAGAAGUAAACAACCCACCAUUGUCAUUUCUGGGAAAAAGUCGAGGCCCUCGGACGCCCUGACCAUCAUGGGCCUCUGCUGCAUCCUCGGUCUGAGCUGGGGCUUCGCUUUCUUUGCCUACGGCUCAUUGCAAAUCCCUGCCUUGUACAUCUUCACCAUCCUCAACUCCUUCCAGGGAUUCUUCCUGUUUAUUUAUUACUACAAGUCCAGUAAGAUGGUUGGUGAAGCUGAGACUCCACCAGAGACGAAAAGCUUGGCCUCAGAUACCACGGUGGUGGAGAACCCAUACGGCAAACACAAGCAGUUCUAAACCCAGGAUGAAUCUCCUGCCUCUGCAUGGGUUAUUGGAACCGCAUUAUAAUUUGUCCUUCUAGCAAGUAACUGCAGCUCUUUUGAAUUAAAAAGUGUGUGUUAGUGUUACACUAAAGCCUUAUCUGAUGUAGAACUUGUGCAUAAACCUAAAUGUUUUUUAAAGUAAAAAUAUAUCACUUUAGUCUGUUAAACACAGACAUAUUAUUUCCCUUCCUACAGUUAUUAUUAUAUUUCGUACACAUAAGAUAUAUACACAGAAGCUUUUAAUGGUUUUGUAUAAUUUUACAAUAGUAUAAUAAACCAUUUAUAUUACUUUUAAUUUAAUUUCUAUAUAAUAUAUUGCAGCUACGUAAUGUACAGUAAAUGAGUUUUCAGUGCAGUUUCUAAGAAAAACUAUGACUUAGACAAAAUGUAAAGGCGGCUUUGUUUAUUGUUCUCAUGUGUAUUUCAUGUCCAGCUAGAAUAAUAUGUUUACUGAUAUAA